AUGGCGAUAAAGGACCCGGCGGCGAACGGUGAUGCAUCUCUUCCUCUGAUAAAUUCAUCUCCGCCGUCUGAAACGACCGGAGAUAGAACCUCGGCUCUUCAAACGCUAGGAAACAUUAUCGUCUCCAUCGUCGGUACAGGAGUCCUUGGGCUUCCUUACGCAUUCCGUGUCGCCGGAUGGUUCGCAGGAUCUCUCGGCGUUAUUAUCGUCGGAUUCGCCACCUAUUACUGCAUGCUCCUCCUCUGUAGAGACAAGCUAGAAUCGAUAGAAGGAGAAGAAGAAUCGAAAACAUAUGGUGAUUUAGGUUACAAAUGUAUGGGAACAAAAGGUCGAUACUUAACCGAAUCCCUCAUAUUCGCUGCUCAAUGUGGUGGAUCAGUAGCAUAUCUAGUGUUCAUAGGAAGAAAUUUGUCAUCUAUAUUCAAUUCGUAUGGAUUAAGUAUGGUCUCUUUCAUCUUGAUUCUGGUUCCGAUCGAAGUUGGAUUGUCGUGGAUCACUUCUUUAUCGGCGUUAUCGCCUUUCAGCAUCUUUGCGGAUAUAUGCAAUAUCGUAGCAAUGUGUUUCGUUGUGAAAGAAAAUGUGGAAAUGGUGAUUGAAGGAGACUUUUCGUUUAGCGAUAGAACAGCUAUUUCGGCUAGCAUUGGAGGUUUACCGUUUGCUGGUGGAGUUGCGGUGUUUUGUUUUGAAGGUUUUGCAAUGACGUUGGCUUUAGAAGGUUCUAUGAGGGAGAGAGAAGCUUUCCCUAAGCUGUUAGCUAAAGUGCUUGCCGGGAUAACGUUUGUCUAUGUAUUGUUCGGGUUCUGUGGUUAUAUGGCUUACGGUGAUGAAACAAAGGAUAUUAUCACACUCAACCUCCCAAAUAAUUGGUCGGCCAUUGCCGUGCAGAUUGGCUUAUGUGUGGGAUUGACCUUUACAUUCCCGAUCAUGGUACAUCCGCUUAACGAGAUUAUAGAGCAGAAACUGAAGAGGAUCAAUUGGUUUCAAAAGCAUAAUCAUCAGUACAGCGACGAAACACGGUCAGUCUCCAGAUAUGUAAUCUUCAUCACAAGGACGCUUUUGGUGGUCGGACUGGCGGCAAUCGCGACAUUAGUCCCGGGGUUUGGCACAUUUGCAUCUCUUGUCGGAAGCACUUUGUGUGCGCUCAUAUCAUUUGUGUUGCCAGCUUCUUAUCACCUCACGCUGCUCGGUCCAUCGCUAAAUCUGUGGAACAAAUCCGUUGAUGUUUUCAUCGUGAUUUGCGGGUUGGUCUUUGCUGUUUAUGGUACUUACAACACAAUCGUUGGAGUGUGA